AUGGCUGCAGCCAUCGCCAGCGGUUUGAUCCGGCAGAAGCGCCAAGCGCGCGACUUGCAGCACUGGGACCGGCCCUCGGCCAACAGGAGGCGCAACAGCCCCAGCAAGAACCGCGGGCUUUGCAAUGGCAACCUGGUGGAUAUCUUCUCCAAGGUCCGCAUCUUUGGGCUCAAGAAGAGGAGGUUGCGGCGCCAAGAUCCCCAGCUCAAGGGCAUAGUGACCAGGUUAUAUUGCAGGCAAGGCUACUACUUGCAAAUGCACCCAGAUGGAAGUCUCGAUGGAACCAAGGAUGACAGCACUAAUUCUACAUUGUUCAACCUCAUACCAGUGGGACUUCGAGUUGUUGCUAUCCAGGGUGUAAAAACAGGCUUGUAUAUAGCCCUAAAUGGAGAAGGAUUCCUUUAUACAUCAGAACUUUUUACACCCGAAUGUAAGUUUAAGGAGUCUGUUUUUGAAAAUUAUUAUGUAAUCUACUCGUCGAUGCUCUACAGACAGCAAGAGUCGGGUAGGGCCUGGUUCUUGGGGCUCAACAAGGAAGGGCAAGUCAUGAAAGGCAAUAGAGUGAAGAAAACUAAACCAGCAGCUCAUUUUCUACCGAAGCCAUUGGAAGUUGCCAUGUACCGAGAACCCUCUCUGCAUGAUGUUGGAGAAACAGUGCCAAAAGCCGGGGUGACGCCAAGCAAAAGCACAAGUGCAUCGGCAAUAAUGAAUGGAGGCAAACCAGUUAACAAGAGUAAGACCACAUAGCCAGAGCCUUGUGGAUGUUGUGACUUACUGACUCUCUGUGUACAGCUGAGCACUUUAUCCUUGCAAGACUAUCCCACUCUGGUGUCUGUGGAUUAGCUGGAAGCAAGCAACGGCUUGCUCUGUGCUCGUUCCAAAUCUGUAACUCCUCCCACAGCAAAGACAUUUGGAUGGCCAGCUGAACUCCAACCAUAGAAUGCCCUGCCAGAUAUGGAAUGCCUUUUAAUCUCUUUUCUGUGACUGUGACACCUCAUGUGAAUGGCAUACUUCACAAGUACACUUGAUAUCUUGCCUGCUGACAGUUACCCAUAACUCCCCCUUUGGAGCCCAGGAAAUCCCCAUGUUUUAAGUUCAAUUUUGUAGCCCAACAGAAUAACAACAAGUAAUUUCUAGAUAGAUGCUGUAAAACCUGUGCUAUUAUGGAUUUUCUCUUCCUCCCCUUUUUUACGAGGCUGCUUGCUCUGCUGUCUGUGUGACUCCUUUGCAGGGAUUAUGUUUCUCUCAGAUUUAUAAGUGUUGCUGGUGGCUUAGUUCUGGAAAGCCAUCAGGGAAUUAGAGGAGCCUUCAAAACCCCAUUAGGGAUCAUACCUGUAAAAGAUAGGAUCAUUGCAAAUAAGGAUUCAGCCUGAAUACACUCCAGUAUGUUCCUGAGGAGGGAAAAGCAUCACGCGUGGCUAGUCAACAACCUUUCAAGGCCAAUGUUUGAUACCCCCUGUGUGUGUGUGUGUGUUUUAUACAUAUCACAGACUUACUGGUAAUGGUAACAUUUGCCUUGCCCAGCGAGCAAGACCCACAUAUUUUUAAGGAAGUGGGUCCAAAGAACUCUGUAGGCCUUGUAGGCCUGAAUUAAGGCUCAUUUUUCAUCUACUACUACUCAUUAUCUGAAAUUUUAAAAAAAAUAGAAUGAACAGGAAUUCUGCUACCUAAAUCUCUUUCAAAAUAAUAGAUUCCUUCUCCUGUUUUUAAAGAAUGGAACAUAAUCCCAUCUUUAUUUAUGGCUGUAGUUCACUCUUUUACUCAGCAAAGCAUGGGCAAGGAAGUUGUGUUUUUCUCUGCAGCACCAAUGCAAAAGGUAGUUACAGAAUAUACUUUAAUAUUUUCAGUGUUAAAAGGAGAGGGAAGAUUUCAAACAUAUUUGAAGGGUUCUUUUGUGUUUCUCUGACAGCUUAGCGUGCAAAGUCCAGGCAAUGUAUUAUUUUAUCUGUACCACAGUGCUGUGUCCAGUACAGCUCCUUAGGAUAUUACGGCCACCAAAUUGCUAGGUUUUCAGUGCCUUGCGUUUAUCUAACUAUUUUGGUUUUCGCUGUAUUCCAUGAACCUAAGAAAAUUCCAACAAAAUAACAAGGUCAAGGACUUUUCUGCUUUGAUUACUAAACGAAAUAAAUACCACUAAUAUUUCUUGGAUAAAGAGAAUUGAGGCCAAAAUGAAAGAAUAGUAACAGGGAAGAAAA